AUGUACACGAAUUGCUUGUUACUUGGUUUGGAUCCGGCCAUAUUCGGAAUCGGGUCGAACAAUGGGACUCCUCGGGUCGGAUUAUUCCGUCAUUCCAACCCGAAAUUAGGCGAACAGCUUCUAUACUUCAUCCUUUCCUCUCUCCGUGGCCCUAUUCAAUCAGCCAAAGACUUUGAUAAGGUGUGGCCGAUUUUUGAUUCGGCUCAGUCUCGUGAUUUUCGGAAGGUUGUGCAAGGUAUUAUUAGCGAACUUGAAUCUCAAGGGGCGUUGCCUAGGAGCAAUUCGAGGGUUUCAUCACUUGCCACUUGCUGCGGACCGAGAUUCAUCGAACUUCUGUGGCAACUUUCUUUGCAUGCUCUGCGAGAGGUUCACAGGCGAACAUUUGCAGCUGAUGUAUCAUCCAACCCACUGCCUGCUCCAUUGACAGAUGUAUCUUUCUCGCAUGCAGCUACAUUACUUCCUGUAACUAAGGGUAGAAUAGCUCUUGAAAGAAGAAGAUUUCUGAAAAAUGCAGAGACAGCAGUGCAGAGACAGGCCAUGUGGUCCAAUUUGGCUCAUGAAAUGACAGCUGAGUUUCGCGGUCUAUCUGCUGAAGAGGCGUAUCUACAACAAGAGCUUGAGAAACUACAUGAUUUGAGAAACAAAGUGAAGUUGGAAGGUGAACAUUGGGAUGAGCUUGUUUCUAGCUCAAGUCAAAACUCUCAUAUGGUUCAGAGAGCUACUCGCCUGUGGGACUCCUUGUUAUCUCGCAAGAGUCAACAUGAGGUUCUUGCGUCGGGCCCUAUUGAGGAUCUUAUAGCUCAUCGUGAGCAUCGAUAUCGCAUCUCCGGUUCAUCUUUGUUGGCAGCAAUGGAUCAAAGCUCUCUAGUUCCUUCUGCUAAUCAACCUCCGUCACACCUAGAUAAUGAGGAAAUUGAGGGUCCGAAAGAAAAUCUAAACAAAGAGAAGAACAAAGGUGAAUUAGAUUAUUCCUAUGCUCAAGGAAAUGAUGUAAAAAAUUCUCGAGUGGAUGAAAGAAGCUUGAGAGGGCAGCCGACUGUUGAUAUAGCAGAAGUUUUGAGGCGUUGGACGCAUGCCUUACAACGCAUACACAAACAGUCACUGCAAUUGGCAAAAGCCAAUGAUGGAGAGGGUCCAGAGCUCCUACGAAGUAUGCAUAAUGGUGGUACCAGUAGUCAUGCUGAGUCUUUGGCUGCAACACUUGCUGAACAUCAGCAGCAUCUGGAUAGCAUACAGGUGCUAAUUGAUCAACUAAAGGAUGUUGCCCCGGCCAUACAGAAUUCAAUCUCAGAGCUUACAGAGGAAGUUAACAGUAUAUCGUCCCAUCUCCCCCCUGUGAGUAAACAUCAUGGUAGAUUGAACUCGCCUAUCCAGGCACAGGGCAGUGGAAGGAUAUUGGAAAGUGGGAUUGAUGAUUUUGCCAAGAUGACCUCAAGAUUAUCAUCUUUGCAGCUUGAAAAAGCAUCAGCUAGCCCCCCUGCAUUAAAAUUGCCACCACUGUUUAGCUCCACACCAAAUUCUUCUGGAAAAAGUGGGAACACACAAAAACGACAGACUAUACCUCAAUCCAAUCAAGUGGAAAAUAUUUCUGACAAGAAAUCUGUGGAACAGCCUCUGUCAAAGAGUAGUACAGAUAACUCACCACAUGAUGAAGAUCAUUUUUUCCCCGAAAACUUGAAGAGAUCUGUUAGAGAAGCUGCUCUUUCAUCUAAAUCCUGCAACUUGGAGUCAUCCCAAGACAGCCAUUCUGAUGAUAGCUCUGAGCACUUCUUUGUACCACUUCCAGGGAAUGGGUUUUCCCAUUUUGACCAAGAGAAGAAGCCUAAUUCUCUGAAGAGUAGACAAUUAUUCACACCUCAAGCAGAUCCUUACUUGCUCGAGGCUUGUGCUCUAGACAAUCAUUUUGGGAGCAAGUAUGAUGGAGUUGGCUACAUGUUAAAUGAUUUGGAUUCACUCAAUGAGUUUGACGGUGUCAAUGGCUUCCUUUCUGCUGUUGGUUCAAAUUCUUCAGUUUCUGAUGCGCAUAGGUCAUUUUAUGACGUGGAUGUAACUCAAGAUCAAGUUUUCUCACCUCCUUUGCUAAUAGACACAUCACUAUUGGCAGAUACUUACGAGGAUUUGCUUGCUCCAUUAUCAGAGACUGAAACUGCUUUGAUGGAGCAUUGA